AUGUCUCAAAGAUUGCUAGACAAUUUAAAUCAGAAAGAAUUGACGGAAACGUCAUGUACGAUCGAAAUCCAAGCAGCGUUUAUUCUCUCCUCCUUGGCGACUUUCCUCGGGGGACUCAUCAUCUUGUUCAUUUUCAGAAUAACCUUGAAAAUCUCAAGAAAUUGGAAAUACGUCAAGGGGCCAGGAGGAAUCUUGGAACUAUUCUCAUCACGUAGAAUCGAGGCUAAUCCUUUGAGAAAACUUUACUUUCAUGGAAUAUUUCGUGAGCGUAUCGAAAUGCUGCUUUCUGCACAGACCUUCGUGGGGCAAGUGUUGGUGAUCCUCGUCUUUGUACUAAGCAUCGGGUCUCUUGUAAUCUAUUUCAUCAAUUCAAUGGACCCUGUUCGAAGGUGUUCUUCAUAUGAAGACAAAAUCGUCCAUGUGGAUUUGAGUUUCAAUGCUUUCUUUAGUUUCUAUUUUGGGUUGAGGUUUUGGGCAGCAGAAGACAAGAUCAAGUUCUGGUUGGAGAUGAAUUCCAUUGUAGACAUUUUUACCAUCCCACCAACCUUCAUUUCUUAUUAUUUGAAAAGUAAUUGGCUAGGGUUGAGGUUUCUAAGAGCUCUGCGGUUGCUUGAACUCCCUAAAAUCUUACAGAUCCUACAAGUCAUCAAGACCAGCAAUUCAGUGAAGCUUUCCAAACUGCUGUCAAUAGUUAUCAGUACCUGGUUCACAGCAGCAGGAUUCCUUCACCUGGUGGAAAAUUCUGGUGACCCCUGGCUCAAUGGAAGAAACUCACAGACUAUGUCAUACUUCGAGUCCAUUUAUCUGGUGACUGCAACAAUGUCAACUGUUGGCUUUGGGGAUGUGGUGGCCAAGACAUCCCUAGGACGGAUUUUCAUCGUUUUCUUCACCCUUGGGAGUUUGAUACUAUUUGCAAACUACAUUCCAGAAAUGGUGGAACUCUUUUCUACCAGGAAGAAAUACACCAAGCCUUACGAAGCAGUCAAAGGAAAGAAGUUCAUUGUGGUCUGCGGGAACAUCACAAUUGACAGUGUGACUGCUUUCCUGAGGAAUUUUCUCCACCGGAAGGCAGGAGAAAUCAACAUUGAGAUUGUGUUCCUCGGAGAGGCUCCCCCGACCGUGGAACUGGAGACCUUACUGAAGUGCCACACUUCCUGCACCACCUUUGUCUGCGGCACAGCGCUGAGGUUUGAAGAUCUGAAGCGAGUUGCAGUGGAGAACGCAGAGGCUUGCCUGAUUCUGGCCAACCCUUUCUGCAGUGACUUACAUGCCGAAGACAACUCAAACAUUAUGAGGGUGCUCUCUAUCAAGAACUACUACCCACAGACCAGAGUCAUCAUUCAGAUACUUCAGUCUCAAAACAAGGUUUUCCUGUCAAAGAUCCCCAACUGGGACUGGAGCGCUGGAGACAAUAUCAUCUGCUUUGCAGAGCUAAAGCUUGGCUUUAUCGCCCAAGGCUGCCUGGUGCCAGGACUGUGCACCUUCCUCACGACUCUGUUUAUUGAACAAAACCAAAAGGUUUUUCCUAAACACCCUUGGCAAAAACAUUUCUUGAACGGCUUGAAGAACAAAAUUCUGACACAGCGCCUGUCUAACGACUUCGUCGGGAUGACGUUCCCUCAGGUCUCCCGACUCUGCUUCGUGAAGUUGCACCUCAUGCUGAUCGCCAUCCAGCACAAGCCCCUCUUUCACAAUUGUUGCACUCUGAUACUAAAUCCAUCAUCCCAAGUAAGGCUGAAUAAGGACACCUUAGGGUUCUUCAUUGCGGAAUCCUCCAAAGACGUCAAAAGGGCCUUCUUUUACUGCGCCAACUGUCACAGUGAUGUGCACACUCCUGAGCUGAUUGGGAAGUGCAGCUGCAAAGGCAAAAGCCGGCAGCAGCUCACAGCACCAACCAUCAUGGUGAUGAACAGCAGCCUGAACGAAUUACCCACCACCGAAUUCACCACUUCUUCACAAGUUCACGCCUCUAUGUCAAGAGAAAUUCACACUUCUAUUUCAAGAGAACAGACUAGCUCGGUCACCAUUGCAACCAGGUAUGCGCCAACCGAUACCGCGGAAGAAACCGACAUGCUGGACAGCAGCGGCAUGUUUCACUGGUGCAGAUCAAUGCCCUUUGACCAAGUGGUUCUGAAACGAACUGAAAAGACAAAACACGAGUUUCAGAACCACAUUGUAGCAUGCGUGUUUGGAGAUGCCAACUGUACCCUGGUGGGACUUCGGAAUUUUGUGAUGCCCCUGAGAGCCAGCAACUACACCCGGCAGGAGCUGAAGGACAUUGUUUUUAUUGGGUCUCUGGAGUACUUCCAGAGAGAAUGGCGAUUUCUCCGGAACUUUCCCAAGAUACACAUUAUGCCUGGAUCUGCACUCUAUACUGGAGAUCUGCAUGCAGUCAACAUAGAGCAGUGCUCUAUGUGUGUUAUCUUAGCCACCCCUUACAAGGCACUGAGCAGCCAGAUUCUGGUGGACACCGAGACUAUCAUGGCCACCCUCAACAUCCAGUCCCUGCGGAUCAUCUGUCCUCCCCCAGUGUCUUCAAAGACAGAAGUAAAGGCAUCACCUUCCUUUUCUAAUUAUGAAGGGAAGAAAAGAUACCAGCAGAUCCCCAUUCUCACUGAACUGAAGAAUCCCUCCAACAUCCACUUUAUUGAGCAGAUGGGUGGAAUGGAUGAGGCACUUAAAGGAACCAGCCUGCACCUCAGCACCUCUUUCUCCACGGGCGCUGUCUUUUCCGGUACCUUCCUGGAUUCUCUCCUGGCCACGUCCUUCUACAACUACCAUGUCCUGGAAUUACUUCAGAUGCUUGUGACCGGAGGCAUAAGCUCUCAGAUGGAACACUAUUUGGUUAAAGAGAAGCCGCGUGAGGCAACCGACGCCUUUGCGACGUUCUUGUCUGGGAGGACGCGGUGUAAGCUGGGACUCCUAUCUUUAGACGAAACCAUUCUAUCAGACAUUAAACCAAGAAAAACCUUUGGACAGCUGUUCUGUGGCUCAUUGGAUAAUUUUGGGAUCCUAUGUGUGGGCUUAUACCGUAUGAUGGAUGAAGAGGAACACAACCAAGAACACAAAAGGGAAGUAUGAUGGUUUGUGAUCACCAGGCCGUCCAACGAGUGUCACCUGCUGCCCUCAGAUCUCGUCUUUUGUGCCAUCCCUUUCAGCACCACGUGUGACAAAGCAGAAAGCAAUUCAAUUCAGAUUCAAGACAACACUACAAAUGUGACACCAUUGACCCAGGGGUUGAGUUUCUACGAUGCCUACAAUAUCCACGAUCCCUAAGACAUUUACCCAAUCAGCGCCACGGGAGAGAAGAGGUCUUUGCACCCCAACUCCCGAGUCUAUUCUUUGGACAAAUUCGAUGCCAGUGAUAUUGAUCAAGAAAAAUAAAAACAGAAGCGUGCUGUUUUUGUGCCAAUUGCUUAGUGGUUGGCCCACACUGCUGUG